AUGAUAGUGUCUCCUGACGAUCGUGGCCAACCCAUCCCUGGUGCACCUGUGGCUGUGCAGGUACUUUCCAUCGUUUGCUUGAGGUUCCGUAAGGGGGCGGUAUCAACGGUACCUUGUACCGGAGGGUCGUAUUCGGUACCACCCCGUCUGACGGUCACAACUGGGUUUUUCAGAACCAAAGUUCACGCUCCUCUUCUUUUCUCUCAUCUUCUUUUCCCGAUCGAUCGCCUCCAAAGUCCGUUGUUCAUCGUUCGUUCAUUUUCCCUUCAUUUCGCUCUGCUCCAGUCCUUUCAACCCCGCCUCUCUUUCUUUCCCUCUUUUCAUUGCUUUAUUUACCUGGUCUGCCUCGAUCGCCUUGUGAUCAAUCACUGUCAGAGAUAUUUCUUAUCACAAGACAGAGACUCUGAAAGUGACUGUGUGUGA